UUUUUUGUGUCAUAGGAACCAAUUUUAUCGGUUUGCUUAUCGGAAACAAACCAAGCAGUACAUCGCUGUCAGAAUUGUAUUUUCGUUUUGUUAUUUCGCAUUCUGCAGGUUCUUAUUUUGCUUUAUGGGAAAACACAAGAAUAGCGUUCAAAAUUCCAUAAUCGUGGAGUUUAUGGAAAAUAACCCCGACAUCGCUAAGGGCUACACAAAACGAGAUAAGGCACUCGUUAACGCUCUUUGGCAAGAACUGUCAAAUUCUUUAAAUAGCGCAGGCCCACCCCAAAAGGACGCUAAUGGGUGGAAGAAGGCAUGGACUGAAUGGAAAAGUGAGAUAAGAAAAAAAUUAUCACAUAACAAAAAUGAAGCUCGAGCGACUGGUGGUGGGCCCUUCACUAAACAUCAACUGACGCAAUUGGAAGAAUCAAUCGUCCGUAUAUGUGGAAUUGAACGUUCAGUUUAUGGUGUUACAGGCGUUGCAAUUGGUCACGUCGAACCUUCAGAUGACCUUAUCGAAGAAGUACUCGAUGAAACGAACAGCGAUAUUCCGUCAACGUCAUCAAAGCGACAAAUGGAGCCUUGGAAGCACUCCAAAAAGGCCAAGAGUGGAGAGCACAGCAGAGAGUUUAAAAAAAUUUUUGAAAGAGGACAACGAAAUAAAAAUGGAAAUGAAUGAGAAAUUGGAUGAGCUAAUAAAAAUUGGCAAUGAAAACGCAAAAAGUUUUACACAUAUUCAUCGAGCAGUCGAAGACAUGGUAGAAUGUUGUACGCAAAUAUUAACCGUCAUGGAAGAAAA